AUGGACGUGCAAAAUAGCAAGAUGCACGAUAGCGGUGCCAUGACGCCUCCAGCAACACCGACGUCCACCUCCCAUUCCAGGUCUGGCUCUACACCAACCGACGGUAACGCUGCUGGGAUAUUUCUAGCACGCCACGGAUCAACAUCAUCGAAUGUUUCCGCCCCUCGCUCACCCUCGAUACACUCCCAUCCUGUCGCGCUCCAGGUCUUCGAUCACGAGACGCUUGAGUAUGUGGUCCUGGUCGAUGAGAAGGGAAAGAAGCGACCCAUUGGAUCUGGUGUAUGGAGCGAUAUAUAUCUCGCAGCACCAAGCUUACCCAAGCCCGCUGAUCAUCCUUUUCUGUUGCCGCCCUCGGCUACCAAGUCACCCCCUGUCUCCCCCGUACAGUCGAGCGAUUCAGCGGUUGGAUCAUACCCCUUUCCCGCCAUACCACCAUUGUAUGCCAUCAAAGCGCCUGCGUCCACAAGCUCACGCAAGGUGCUGAGAGAAGAGGCCAAGAUACUGUCUUACCUGUCUCAAUUUCCCAACUCCGAUCGCCACAUUGUGCAGUUCUUUGGCCAGGAUACGCGCAACGAUGCGCUAGUGCUAAAAGCUAUGGACGGUACACUUGAGGAUUGGAUCAAGAAGGACCUCAACACGCUCGACGAAGAUUCGCGUGCCACCAAACUCGCAGCUGUGUUUCCCCAGCUAGCCCUAUCCCUCAUCGACAGCCUCAUGUGGAUGCAAGACAAGAACUGCAUCCACGCCGACAUCAAACCAGCCAACGUCCUCACCUCACCCACCCCCGCAGGACCCCGCACCACCGCGCCAGCAACCGUCUACUCGGACUUCUCCUCCACCAUCCUCAUCGCCCCUGAAAUCGAGGUCCACAACGCCUCGCCCCUCGGCGCCGGAACCUGGGACUACCUCGACCCCUCGCUGCUAAGCAGCUCCUCGCCCACCGAACCCUCCGCCGCGACGGAUCUGUGGUCUCUUGCCAUCACGCUGCUCUUCCUCAUCAUCGGCGCCUCGCCCUUCGAUGCCUUCCGGCACAACAAGUACCAGCAGCGCGAGAUGAUCAAGACGGGGAACCCGCUGCAGUGUCUGGCCUACGACGAUGUCGGGAUCAGGAACGUGCGCGUCAUGCAGACCCUCUCCGAAUCCCUCGGCUUGGACCUCAAGACGUGGUUUGCAAAGGUGCUGGUCAAGGAUGUCGGGAGGCGCGUUGGCGUGGCGGAGUGGAGGGCCGAGCUGCUGCGCGCGGAGUCGAAGCCGGCUGCUGCGCUGCUUUAG